AUGUCUCCAGUCGAGAGACAGGACUUGACCGGCAAUACCCGCGACCUCUUUGAGAACCUUUCGCUCAACCGGCCCCCUCAGAAUACUGGUCACCGACCAGCUCCGGCUCCGCCCCGCCCGGACAACGCCCAGAAGUUCCCGCCCAGCAGUCGCGCACCACAGCGGGAUCCCUCAAGACGCCGUGAGCAGGAUCCUUUUGAUAUUUUCGCCGAUCCUCCCAACAAGGCCACUAGCAGCGCAGCGACCAAACCCACUAGAGAAACUAGAGAUAGAGAAAGGCAAAGAGAGCGGAGACCGCAGCGCCGAAACUCGGAGUCGUCUAUCAUGGAAAAGACCCCCAAGCUCCUCGAUACUGAAGAAGAAAGACGGCGCCGCGAAAGGCGACGACGUGAGCGGGAAGGCCGCCCCAAGGAUGGCAAAUCUCGCUCAAAGAAGGCCAAUUACCAACUCGACAUUAUUGAUAAACUCGAUGUGACCAGCAUCUACGGCACAGGAAUGUUCCACCACGACGGACCGUUCGAUGCUUGCAACCCGAAUCGCAACCGUAAGGGACUGCGCACUGCGCCCAUGCAGGCCUUCCCCAAGGAUUCUUCCAACAUGGCCUUGGGAGGCGCCGGACCGGUCAACAAGAAUAUCGAUUUGAAUCUUUUCAAUGGCACCAUGACGGAGGGAUACAAUGAUUUCGCCUCUAGCGGCUUGGAGCGCAGAGCUGAAACAGUUAACUUUGAUCCCACCAGUCGCAUCGAACCCGUUCACGGAUCGGAGAGUAUGGGACUGGGAACCAGCACUUUCUUGGACGGUGCUCCCGCCAGUCGUUCCGCCAUGCAGCGUCGUGUCAGCGAGAAUGAGACUGGAAUCCAGAAUGGAGGAGGGGGUCUGCAGCGCAAGAAAAGUUUGGCGCAAAGACUCCGUGGAAUGAACAGGCCUCCUCCUGGCCGCAUGAUCUCGCCCGAGCCCUCGACUCCCGUCCAAGCUAGCUCCAGCCACUCUGGCUCCAACCGCCCCAACGAAAAGAACCCUUUCUUCCAGGACUAUGAUGACGCAUGGGAUCAGAAGGGUGCCCGGAUCAAUGUUGCUGAAGAAUCGCGUGAGCCUGGACGCGCCCGAUCUGCUAGCAGCCCUAAGCAGAGAACAAUUGAACGGAGAUUCACCGAUGAGCGCUCUUACGAUGAAGCCAAGAACAACAACAGCGGAUUCCUCAACCGCAUGAAGAGUUUGAGGAAACCCAAGCCUGAGAGACGUACCAGUGAAGAUUGA